UCAGAGCCUGCAGCUCCGCCGCUGCACAGGGGCGACCUCUCCCGCCCACCGCCGCUCCUUUCACUUCUACCAAGACCCUCACGCGGCCGCACUAGGCUCCCCAGAGAAACUACUUAUCACGACCACAGCUCUGAAGACUGCUUUCACAAUGCAGAACCAGGCACCAGUGGUGGUUGUGACUCAACCUGGAGUUGUCCGUGCGCCCCAGAACUCCAACUGGCAGACGGGCAUGUGCGACUGCUUCAGCGACUGUGGAGUGUGUCUCUGCGGCACGUUCUGCUUCGUUUGCCUCGGGUGCCAGGUUGCGGCCGACAUGAACGAAUGUUGCCUGUGCGGGACAAGCGUGGCGAUGAGGACGCUCUACCGGACCCGAUACGGCAUCCCGGGUUCUAUUUGCGAUGACUACAUGGCAACCUUGUUCUGUCCCGUUUGUACACUUUGCCAAAUCAAGAGGGACAUCAACCGGAGGAGAGCCAUGAAUGCCUUCUAAGGGACACGGUGAAGAGCUACAAUUGAAGCAACUGAAGAUUUGUCUACCUUUUGUAGCUGAAAUUUAGCUGAUAUUUUUAAGGAGGAUAAUGGCAUAAAAAAAUCAGAUUUUUGAUUUUUUCAAAAUGAAUGUUGUCUCUUAGUUCCUCUUUCUGUGUUAAAAUUCCU